AUGUUGGAGAACGUGUCUAGAAGGGAUGAUCAUUGGGGUCCUUCUAUGUUACUUGGAGUUCAUUUUGUAUUUAGGGACAGAGUUGUGGUCGUCCCCGAUAUUCCAUCCAAAUUCACAGAUCUGCAAGUCCUCAGACGGCACCACGAGUAUAAUUUUGAUUUCGAGAGGGAGGUAUUAAAAGGUUACGAAGUUGCCGAGCAGCAGGAGAGGCGAAAAUUGGAAGAAGAUAAUGCAAAGAGGGAUCAAACCAUGCUGCAACCUACGCCUCACUUAACCAUGUUAGAACCCGAGAAAACUGCUGUUACUUCAGACGGGCCUGCGUUAUCUCAGCCUCAACCGCCGUUGGACCGUUCCCUGGUGGAAGACUUCGAGGUUCAGGGACCGCGAGAUGAUCCGUUCGUGGCUGCUGAAUUGGGCACGAUUAACGAUCUGGAAGAACUGCGGGAUGUUUUGGCAUCGAUGCCAAUGCCUGGCAUCCUGGAUGCUGACAAUAAAAAACAGCACAUGUUUAGCAGCCUCAAAGACAUCAACUUCCCUCGCCUCUCUGUCGACGAGGAUGCACCGAAUCAUGCUCCCUCCUCUGCACCCACUUCACAGCCGAACCUUUUUCCGCACUCUCCUGUGCAGGCUUCUGAAGAACCACCAAAGUCAUCGACAGAGAUUGAGACUGAGUUCCGUAUUUCUCAAAUCAGUGGAACGGUGGACUCUGACCUGUCUCCCUUCCGGAAAAGUGUCAGCCCUGUUAAGUUUGACAUUGAUGACGAGGUGUUCAAACCAAGGGAUCUAGUUACUGACAGUCGGCCAUUGCUUUUGGAAAGAGUCGAGCAUAAUUAUGACGGAGACUCUAAUUCUGUACCUACACGAAAUAUGGCAGCUAAAUCACUACCGUCAUCAUCCCACCCAAACGCACUACGUAUACCUAUUUCACCGGAUGCAGAAGUGAAGCCGAGUCUACCAGACUCUCCUAUUGCGUCUGAAUAUGCUAUCGUGGGCCAUGUCGAUGACCCUCCUAUUGUACCUCGACUGGUGAAGAUGGGCUUCAGGCGUAGCAAAAUACUCGCUCUUCACAACACCUAUAUCCGAGGUAAAGAUGAUUUAGACGAUGGCACACUGAUCACGCAACUUUGCAAUUGGACUGAACUUGAGGAAAAGGGUUUUAAGGAAGAAGUGAGUAAAGCCGCGGUUAUUUUCUCUCCAGAUGACUUUGGCAAAGCAUCGGAGUUUGCCACGAUGGUGUCGGAGCUGUCUGAGAUGGGCUUUCCACUAGACUCUGUCAUUUUGGCGGUACAGUCAUCGGGAAUGGACAAGGAAGAAGCGGUACUGCGUCUUCUGGACCCAGGAAAGCAUUCUGAUGUCACGUCUCCCGGCCACGCAUCAAAUAACAUCGGAUUUUCCCAAAGCAAUAUCGUGGACGCAAUGACUAGACCAGUUGGGAGAAAGAGCAAGAAAAAAGAAAAGAAGCCCCAUCCCUCAUCAUAUCUGCAUACAAGGCACUAA